AUGGUGCCGUGUGGCUACCUCGAGCCGCUGGAGGAGACUCAGGGUUGCGGGCGCGCCUGCCGGUGGUGCGCUUCUGUGCAGGAUGGCGAGGAGGCCCCGGAGCUCACCUUCGAAUUCGAGGUCCACAGAAAAUUAAAAGCAAAUGGAAUGCCCGGAUUUGACGCCGUGUUGCAGAGGUGCCCAUUCUCCACGCCGGCCACAAACGUUGUGGACUUCCUUGCUGCUCCUUCCGGCCCUGUUGUGAGGAACCAGCAGAUGGCCUUGGACUGGUCGGAGCCGUCCAUGCGCGUCUCCACGUGCCUUGUGCCUCCUUAUCCGGAGCGCGAGGGCCUCCGCCUCACGCCCCUCAGCGAGAGCGCGGUUUUGCUGGAAUGGGUGCCUUUCCGCACCUGUGGGGAGCUCCUCUUGGUGGAAUACCGUGUGGUGGCACAGGCCUCGCCGCAGGCCGCUGGGAGCCCAAACGGCCGGGGGAACGAAGACUUGGAGCCGGAGCUUGGUGAGCAGGUGGUUGCGUGCUUCGUCUCUGAUGGCAAAAAGCAGUGGGAGAUGACCACGGUCAGCUACCUGCAGCCGAACGUCAGCUACAGCUUCGCCGUGGAAGCACGCUACCCACACGUCGGGCCCCGCGACUUCUCUCGGGCCCUCCGCAGCGAGAGCUUCUGCUCUCCGACAGCGGACAUCACCUUGCCCGCUCCCCAGCCCUUGGCCCUGGACUCGGCCUCGCCGGUGGAGGUCGCCGGGCCUGGGGAGGCGCCCCAGGCACCUUCGCCGCCCCUGCUGCUGCGCUGGCCCUAUCCAAAGGAGCUCUCCAGUCAGCUGGUCCUGCAGUACCGUGCUGCGACGGCGGCUGCGUUGAACCGAUUUCAGGUCUCCAUGUGGAACACGGUCCCGGCAAAUGCUUCUGUGGAGGCACGCCUCAGGUUGCAGGCGGGCGGGGAGCCUGAGCGACUCCAGCUCCGGCUUUUGCGGUUGAAUUGCGAGUGCACCGCCGUCCAGCUCCGAGUUCUCAUGACCCAAGGCCGGGGCCGUGCCGCCUCGCCACCCUCGGCAUGGUUCUCUCCCAAACCCCCAAACAGGCCACAAGGAUUGGAGCUGCAGCUCCGGCCCGAGACGCAGGGCCUCUCCUUGCGUCUCAGCUGGGAGCAGCCCUUGCAGAUCCGUGGGCCCGUGGACGAGGACCUGGGCCCCGUGGCCUAUGCCGUUCAGCACGAUUUCUCCCGCGGAAACGGGAUCCAGGCAACGCGAUUCCAGGUCCGGCUGCGGGCCGACCAGAGCACCUGGGAGGUGCUGCAGCCGCAGCUAAUGCCCCGACCGCACAGGCACCAGAACGGCUCCAAGGAAGAGCAAACGCAGGGCUACGACUGGAUCUUCCGCGAUCCGCUCCUGAAACCUGGCGCCCGUCUCGAGGCGCAGCGGCGCAGCGCAGCUUUCGUACACGCCCAGAAUCUGACUUCUCUCUCUUGUGAUGGCGAGAUGGCGGCAGGUUCAGAUGCGCCACAGCAACGCCAUCCUUUGGUCGAGCCGAGCGCCCUCUCCUCGGUUGUUGCUACGGCUGGGACGGGAAUUGUUGUGAGGCUGGUCCAGCAGCAGCAGCAUCUUGGUAUCAGUCGCACCGCCGCGGCCGACAGGGGCGCUCUUCCUCGAGGCAUCCGGCCUCUCUUGUCUUGA